AUGCAUGGAACUGCUCAGUCCUUCAAAGAGUUUUCCCAGUUGCUGAACACCAUGGAAGAGGAGAGAAGGCGGCUGAUCCAGAAUGCCGAUGAUGUUCUGAUCACACCCUUGGAGAGAUUCCGGAAAGAGCAGAUCGGAGCAGCCAAGGAGGGGAAGAAGAAAUUUGACAAGGAGGCGGAAAAGUACUAUUCCUCACUGGAAAAACAUCUUAACCUGUCGUCCAGAAAAAAAGAAUCAGCUCUCCAAGAGGCUGACGCUCAGAUUGAUAAGGAAAGGCAACUCUUUUAUGAUGCCUCUCUAGAAUACGUCUUCAAAAUCCAGGAGGUUCAAGAGAAGAAGAAAUUCGAAUUUGUUGAGCCGCUCUUGGCCUUCCUACAGGGUCUGUUCACUUUCUACCAUGAGGGUUAUGAGCUGGCCCACGAAUUUGAUCCCUACAAACAGCAGCUACAGUUUAACCUACAGAAUACAAGAAACAACUUUUUGAGCACCAAGCAAGAAGUAGAAAAGCUGAUGAACAGAGUCCGAUCUGCAGAUCAAGACCAGAAGCCCCCAGGGCAGUGGACAAUGGAAGGCUACCUCUAUGUCCAGGAGAAACGGCCUUUGGGUUGCGCAUGGAUACAACAUUAUUGUACAUACGAAAAAGGCAGCAACACCUUCAGCAUGUGCAACACAGAGGCAAAACCCACUGCUAAACAGAACGGUGUCAUGUCAAAUCCCACAGAGAAGUUCAGACUGAAGUCCUGUAUCAGGAGGAAGACUGACUCGAUUGAUAAGCGCUUCUGUUUUGAUAUUGAGGUGGUUGAAAGGCAUGGCAUUAUCACUCUACAAGCGCUGUCUGAGUCCAACAGGAGACUCUGGCUGGAAGCUAUGGAUGGCAAAGAGCCGAUCUACAACCUUCCUGCUAUUCUGAGCAAGAAAGAGGAGACAUAUUUAAAUGAAGCUGGCUUUAAUUUUGUGAGGAAGUGUAUACAGCUGGUGGAGUUGAGAGGGCUCAGCACUAUGGGUUUGUACAGGGUCGGUGGAAUAAACUCAAAAGUUCAGAAACUCAUGACCACAGUCUUCUCACCCAAAGCAGCAUCAGAUAUGGAUCUUGACUCAGAUACCUGGGACAAUAAGACCAUCACCAGUGGCCUCAAGAAUUACCUCAGGUGUCUUUCUGAGCCUCUCAUGACAUACAAGCUCCACUCAGACUUCCUCUUGGCUGUCAAAUCUGAUGAUCAGAACUACAGAGUGUGUGCAGUUCAUGCGCUGGUGCAUAAACUACCUGACAAAAACAAAGAGAUGCUGGAGAUAUUAAUCAAACAUCUACUCAAUGUGUCCACUCACAGUGAGAAUAACAUGAUGACGGUGUCCAAUCUGGGAGUGAUCUUUGGCCCUACGCUUAUGCGCUCACAGGAGGAAACCGUCGCCGCCAUGAUGAACAUCAAAUUCCAAAACAUUGUGGUAGAAAUUCUCAUUGAAAAUUUUGAGAAGAUAUUUCAUCAGGCGCUGGACCCUAAUGUUCCCCUGCCGCAGCCUCAGUCUCGUCCAGAGUCUCGCAGGAGCAGAGCCAUCUGUCUCUCAUCUGGACCACGCAAACCCAAGAGCCUCUACACACCCUCAAUGUGCCUGGCAGACGCGGACAGUGACACGUUCAGCAGUAGUCAGGUAGGAAUCAUGUAGUCAGUAUGGUCCCACUCCUCAGAGCAGAACAGCUCCUCCAAAACCUGCUCCUCUCCACAGGCCAAAGACAAGCCCCCCUUCCCCGGCCUGCGACAUACCCCUUCCUCCCUGUCCUCCAGCGAGCCGCAGGGCCCCACCUGCACCAGCAGUCCAGACUCCAGCUCCAGAGAGGACAUGGGCCGUGUGGAUUGGGACGAGUCCUGUAGGAAGAACUCAGGCUCAGCAGCUGCCAGAUCUUCACCAGCACCCACAAAGGCUCCUCACUCUGAAGUAGGAAUCAACUCAGUGCAGCUUAACCGCUUGAGUGCCCCAUCUUUACACAUCACAGAAGGUCGUAAGAGCUGUGUGGGGUCUGUACAGAAUCUAGCAUGUGAGGUGCAUAAAGACGGCAUCAGAUCCACAGCCUACCAUGAUCUGCCACCUAAAAUGAUCCUGCGCCGAAAGCUGGACAACAACAGCUCUACCAACGGCUAUCAGAGACCAGGAUCAGUGGUGGCUGCCAGAGCGCAGCUUUUUGAGAACCCAUCAGCUGUAAAACCUCCUCCCUUGGGAAGAGAUGCCAAAGCCAUAUAUUCAUGUGAAGCAGAGCACAGCCAUGAGCUGAGCUUCCCAAAGGGGGCCCACUUCUCUAACGUGUAUCCUUCAGUGGAACCGGGUUGGCUCCAGGCAACAUUUGAGGGCAAAACAGGCCUUGUUCCUGAAAAUUAUGUGGUGUUCUUCUGAAAAUCGUUCAACCAGGAAGGCCCAAGCGUUUCAUGGUAUCCAUGGCAACAUCAACUUUAGACCAAGGGCUUUAAAUAUAUACCAAUCGUUGACGGCUAUGCAAGUGGACUGUGCCAUUAAUAAAUCAUUGAA